AUGGGCCGCCUCGCGGCCUGCGCCGUGGUCCUCGCUUCCCGUGCAGGCGGCCUCUACCUCGACGUGCCCGUCGACGGCCGCGUGCUGACCAUCGAGUACGAGGCGAGCAACACGUACACGGAGCUGUGGCGCUACGCCGAGGCCUUUGAGGCCGAGCACGGCCUGCGGCGCUUCUACGACCAAUGGGCCAAGUGCGCGCCCGUGAUCUACGCGCGCUACAAGUGCGUCACGUCGGAGAUCCUCAAGGCCAUGCAGGCGCACCGCGACGCCGCGCACGCGCUCGCCAAGGACUUCGCGUACCGCGCGAUGGGCCGAUGGGACGCCUUUUACGCCGCGGGCGACGACGCCGGCUGCUUCGCGCUGCUCGGCGCCUUCAUGGCCUACGCCGUCUACAUCGCGCUCUGCGCCAUGAAGGCCUACACCGUCUCCGUCGGCAACCUCCCGGAGCCCGAGCACGACUCCGACGACUCCGCCUACGGCCACAGCCACUUCCACGGCCACGAGAGCUCGGACUCGGAUAAGGAGGACUAG